GGGCCCCCCCCAGAAGGAGAUCGUGUACAACGGGCUGCUGCCGUACGCGGCGCGGCUGGAGGCGGAGGCCCGCGGCCUCCUGGCCCGCAUCAAGGCCAACCUGGGCCGCGCCGUCCAGCUGCACGAGCUGUGGCCCGGGGGCCUCUUCUGGACCCGGAAGCUGGCCACCUACAUCCGGCUCUAUGGAAGGAAAUUCAGCAAAGAAGAUCACGUGCUCUUUAUCAAGCUGUUAUACGAGCUGGUAACCAUCCCGAAACUGGAGAUCAGCAUGAUGCAAGGAUUUUCCCGCCUCCUGGUGAACCUGUUGAAGAAGAAGGAACUGCUCUCCAGAGAAGACCUGCAGUUACCGUGGCGACCUCUCUAUGACAUGCUGGAGAGGAUCUUAUACUCCAAGACCGAGCACCUGGGAUUAAAUUGGUUCCCCAGUUCUGUAGAAAAUGUUCUAAAAACUCUAGUGAAAAGCUGCCGCCCGUAUUUUCCAGACGAUGCCACUGCAGAAAUGCUGGAAGAAUGGCGGCCUUUAAUGUGUCCUUUUGACGUCACGAUGCAGAAGGCCAUCACGUACUUUGAAAUAUUUCUUCCUACCUCUCUUCCGCCAGAACUACAUCAUAAAGGUUUUAAGCUCUGGUUUGAUGAGUUGCUCGGUCUUUGGGUUUCAGUUCAGAAUCUCCCACAAUGGGAGGGGCAUCUCGUAAAUCUUUUUGCCCGCUUGGCCACAGAUAACAUCGGGUACAUAGAUUGGGAUCCGUAUGUACCAAAGAUAUUUACCAGGAUUCUGAGAAGUUUGAAUCUCCCAGUGGGAAGUAAUCAAGUCUUAGUUCCAAGAUUUUUAACGAACGCCUACGAUGUGGGACAUGCAGUGAUCUGGAUCACCGCCAUGAUGGGUGGCCCAAGUAAACUCGUGCAGAAGCACCUGACCGGACUGUUCAACAGCAUCGCCUCAUUUUACCACCCAUCGAAUAACGGCCGCUGGCUGAACAAGUUAAUGAAGCUCCUCCAGCGAUUGCCAAACAGCGUCGUUCGACGAUUACACCGCGAGCGCUACAAGAAGCCCUCUUGGCUCACUCCCGUGCCUGAUAGCCACAAGCUCACGGAUCAGGACGUCACAGACUUUGUACAGUGCAUGAUUCAGCCGGUCCUUUUGGCCAUGUUCAGCAAAACCGGGAGCCUGGAGGCGGCUCAGGCCCUCCAGAAUCUCGCCCUCCUUCGCCCCGAGUUAGUCAUCCCCCCUGUCCUUGAAAGAACGUACCCCGCCCUGGAGACGUUAACCGAACCUCACCAGCUCACGGCCACGCUCAGCUGCGUCAUCGGGGUGGCCCGGAGCCUGGUGUCCGGCGGGAGGUGGUUUCCCGAAGGCCCGACGCACAUGCUACCUCUGUUGAUGAGGGCGUUGCCCGGCGUGGACCCCAACGACUUCAGCAAAUGCAUGAUCACAUUCCAGUUUAUAGCAACAUUUUCCACUCUGGUGCCUUUAGUAGAUUGUUCAUCUGUGCUACAAGAAAGAAAUGACCUCACAGAAGUAGAACGAGAGCUGUGCUCGGCCUCAGCCGAAUUUGAGGAUUUCGUCUUGCAGUUCAUGGACAGGUGUUUUGGGCUCAUAGAAAGCAGCACCCUGGAACAAACAAGGGAGGAGACAGAAACUGAGAAGAUGACUCACUUGGAGAGUUUGGUGGAAUUGGGGCUGUCUUCCACUUUCAGUACAAUCCUCACCCAGUGCUCUAAGGAUAUAUUUAAGGUUGCUCUGCAGAAGGUCUUUAAUUUCGCCAUCUCGAACAUCUUUGAAACCCGCGUAGCGGGGCGGAUGGUGGCAGACAUGUGCCGAGCUGCUGUGAAGUGCUGCCCAGUGGAAUCUCUGAAGCUGUUUGUGCCCCAUUGCUGCAACGUUAUAACCCAACUUACCACGAAUGAUGAUGUCUUGAAUGAAGAAGAACUGGAUAAGGAACUACUGUGGAAUCUUCAACUGUUGUCUGAGAUUACCCGGGUAGACGGAAAGGAAUUGCUGUCUUAUAAGGAGCAGCUUGUGCGAAUUCUCCACCGCACUUUACAUUUAACCUGCAAGCAGGGCUAUACCCUCUCUUGUAAUCUGCUGCAUCACCUCCUCCGCUCCACUACACUGAUCUACCCCACAGAAUACUGCAGCGUUCCGGGCGGCUUCGACAAGCCCCUCUCCGACUACUUCCCCAUCAAGGACUGGGGUAAACCAGGUGACCUGUGGAAUUUAGAUAUCCAGUGGCAUGUUCCUUCACCAGAUGAAGUCUCCUUCGCCUAUUACUUGCUGGAUUCCUUUCUUCAGCCCGAGCUCAUCCAAUUACAGCGUUACGGGGACGGCGAGCUAGAAAUGUCCAGGGAUGAUGUACAGCAAAGCUUGACUAUAGUGCACAACUGCCUGAUUGGUUCUGGGAACCUUCUGCCCCCGCUGAAAGGAGAACAAGUCACUCACCUGGUGCCAACUCUGGUGUCUAUGGAAGAGACCAAACUGUACACUGGUCUUGAUUACGAUCUCUCCAGAGAAAACCACCGAGAAAGCAUUGCUCGCGUCAUAAGGAAACUACUCCACCAUAUCCUUGACAACUCGGAAGAUGAUACCAAGUCUUUGUUUCUUAUCAUAAAGAUUAUUGGUGACCUCUUACAGUUCCAAGGAUCUCACAAGCAUGAAUUUGACUCCCGGUGGAAAAGCUUUAACUUAGUGAAGAAGUCAAUGGAGAAUAGGCUCCACGGGAAGAAGCAGCAUAUCAGAGCUCUGCUGAUCGACAGAGUCAUGUUGCAGCAUGAGUUGAGAACGUUAACUGUUGAGGGCUGUGAAUACAAAACAAUCCACCAGGACAUGAUCAGAGACCUUCUCCGUCUGUCUACAAGUUCAUACGGCCAGGUCCGAAAUAAAGCUCAGCAGACGUUCUUCACCGCCCUGGGGACGUAUAACUUCUGUUGCAGAGACAUCAUCCCUUUGGUGUUGGAGUUUUUACGACCGGACCGACAAGAUAUCAGCCAGCAGCAGUUCAAGGGCGCCUUGUACUGUCUCCUUGGAAACCACAGCGGCGUUUGCCUGGCUAACCUGCACGAUUGGGACUGCAUCGUGAAGACCUGGCCCGCCAUCGUCUCCUCGGGGCUCAGCCAAGCCAUGUCCCUAGAAAAACCGUCCAUCGUCAGGCUCUUCGACGACCUGGCCGAAAAGAUCCACCGGCAGUAUGAAACCAUCGGCUUGGAUUUCUCCGUCCCAGAGGCCUGUGUUGCCGUCGCGGUCCUGCUUCAGAAGUCCAAGAACCCCUCAGUCGACCAGGAGCCACUCAGUCCAGAGGAGAUCCGGCUCGGAGUCGAGCGCCAGCAAGAGAAGAAUGCCGAAGCCUUGCAGAACUAUGAAAGCUUGGUGUACACUCUGUUGGACUGCGUGGAUCAGAGAAAUCUGCCCUGGAAAUUUGAACACAUAGGCAUUGGCUUCCUCUCUUUGCUCUUGAGAGACGACCGGGUGCUGCCUCUUCGCGCCAUCCGGUUCUUCGUGCAGAAUCUCAACCAUGAUGCCAUCGUGGUCCGAAAGAUGGCCAUUUCAGCUGUCGCUGGCAUUCUCAAGCAGUUGAAGAGAGCUCACAAAAAGGUGUCCAUCUCUCCCUAUGAAAUCAGUGGAUCCCCUCAGCUUCCCGGCAUCGUGGCCGGCGACAGGCCCGAUAACCACUGGCUUCAUUACGACAGCACAAACCUGCCAAGGACCAAAACAGCCUGGGAGGCCAGUUGCUUCGUGGAGAAAACCCACUGGGGCUACUACACCUGGCCGCAAAACAUGGUGGUGUACGCAGCAGCCGAAGAGCAGCCCAAGCUCGGCAGAAGCAGAGGGGAACUGUCUGAGGCAGAACAGAUUAUAUUUGACCACUUUUCAGACGCUAAAUUUGUUGAGCAGCUAAUAAAAUUUCUAUCUUUAGAAGACCGAAAAGGAAAGGACAAGUUUAACCCUCGCCGAUUUUGCCUCUUCAAGGGCGUGUUCAGGAACUUCGACGAUGCCUUCUUGCCCGUCCUGAAGCCCCACUUAGAACGCCUGGUGGCCGACUCGCACGAGAGCACCCAGCGGUGCGUAGCCGAAAUCAUAGCCGGCCUCAUCCGAGGCUCCAAGCACUGGACGUUUGAAAAGGUGGAGCAGCUUUGGAAACUUCUGUGUCCGCUGCUUCGGACGGCGCUGAGCAACAUCACGGUGGAAACCUACAACGACUGGGGAACGUGCAUCGCGACUUCCUGCGAAAGCAGAGAUCCUCGCAAACUUCACUGGCUCUUUGAAUUACUGUUGGAGUCUCCGCUGAGUGGCGAAGGAGGGUCCUUUGUCGAUGCCUGCCGACUCUACGUGCUCCAAGGUGGUCUCGCCCAGCAAGAGUGGAGGGUCCCAGAGCUGCUGCACAGAUUACUGAAGUACCUGGAACCCAAACUCACCCAGGUCUACAAAAACGUGCGAGAAAGGAUAGGGAGCGUGUUGACCUACAUAUUCAUGAUUGACGUUUCCUUGCCCAACACGGCCCCCACCGAGUCCCCUCGGGUCCCCGAGUUCACCGCCCGGGUCUUGGCGAGAUUAAAACCUCUCCUGGAGAUCGACGAGGAAAUUCAGAACCACGUCAUGGAAGAGAACGGAGUCGGGGAACAAGACGAAAGAACUCAGGGCAUCAAGCUCUUGAAAACGAUCUUGAAGUGGCUGAUGGCCAGCGCGGGACGGUCCUUCUCCACGGCCGUCGCAGAGCAGCUCCAGCUUCUCCCUCUGUUUUUCAAGAUUGCCCCGGUGGAGAACGACAACAGCUACGAUGAACUUAAAAGAGAUGCGAAGGUGUGCCUGUCCCUCAUGUCUCAGGGUUUGCUGUAUCCUCAGCAAGUGCCUUUGGUGCUUCAGGUGCUUAAACAAACAGCAAGGAGCGGUUCCUGGCACGCUCGCUACACGGUGCUCACCUACCUCCAGACCAUGGUGUUCUACAAUCUCUUCAUCUUCCUCAACAACGAAGAAGCCGUCAAAAACAUCAGGUGGCUGGUUAUAAACCUUCUGGAAGACGAACAGCUCGAGGUGCGGGAGAUGGCGGCGACCACCCUGAGCGGGUUACUGCAGUGCAACUUCCUCACCAUGGACGGCCCCAUGCAGGCCCACUUCGAGCAGCUCUGCAAGACCAAACUCCCGAAGAAAAGGAAGCGCGACCCGGGCACCGUGGGCGAUACCAUCCCGUCGGCGGAGCUGGUCAAGCGUCACGCCGGGGUGCUCGGGCUCGGGGCCUGUAUCUUGUCGAGCCCUUACGACGUCCCCACCUGGAUGCCGCAGCUCCUGAUGAACCUCAGCGCCCACCUGAACGACCCCCAGCCUAUUGAGAUGACCGUAAAGAAGACGUUGUCCAACUUCCGGAGGACGCACCACGACAACUGGCAGGAGCACAAACAGCAGUUCACCGACGACCAGCUGCUGGUUCUCACAGACCUCCUCGUGUCCCCGUGCUAUUACGCCUAGACGGGUUCUUCGUCCGGCGAAGAAGCCGAGAAACCCUACCGUGGGGCUAAAGGAAACCCGUUUCCAAACUCCACCUCGGAAACUUUUGGACUCGGAAAUCCCGGUGCCGAACGGAAGCUCUUUUUGUGUCCUUCUUUUUAUCCAGACGUGCAGUUCCAACCUCAGGCUGUAGCCCUCAAAGACCGCCGCUCCCAAAUUCCCCUCCCGGCUCGAGAGGCCCCGCCGGCUUCCGGGAACGCCGCUCCCCUUGACAUCUGCCGGGCGGCCCCGGGUUUCCAUCCACGUUCCUCCCGCCGUCCGAGUCGCCGGCCCAGACCAUCCCUUCCCCCUGCCCCGACCGGGAACCCACCGACGUUAAUUGCGAACGUGGCGUUGGUUGCCAGAGAACGGGAGCCUCUCUUUUUAAAAUAAAAACAGCAAACCCACCCGAGGAUCGAAGUGGGCCGUCCGCAGAUGGGUUCGGCCGGGUCUCCGCGGCCCUCCGCUUGGGAACCUCUCAGUAGACGUCGGUUGAACCGGAGGGCGGCUUCGAAAUCCCGCCUGCCCGCCCUCCUCGCCGGUCAGGCGGUCGGAGGAGGAGGAGGAGGGUCGGGGCAGCCAGAGGAAGGAGGAGCAGGGGCGAGCGUUGAUAAUCUAGGCAGGUGCUCACCGAGGAGGACUCCACUUCAGCUUCCCCGAUAGCCCUCGUCCCUCCGCCUCCCUCCCUCCGACGGCGGUUUUGGGGAGGAACGGAGUCGAAAGCGGAAAAACCGAGGGUCCUCGAGCAGCGUCGUAAUUGGGAUCGGAGUGCGUGUGUGUGUGUGUGAGUGUAUAUCCAGUGUGUGUAUAAAAAAAGCACUGAAUGGUUGAUUUUUUUUUUUACCUCGUAUUCUUCUUUACAAACAUCAUUAGCCCCUCUAAAAAAAAAAAAAAUUUCCUUGCAUUAAUGGAAGACUGCUGCGUUUGUGAAAGUUCUGUAUAUUUUUGGCCCGCGACAUCGUUGAGAGACUGACGACUCUCGGCUAUUUAAUUGACCUGUUUAAUAUAUGUUACAUAGAUGUACAAGACUGUAUAAACUCUAGAGGCUUUGCCUCGGCACGGCACUGUACAGACCGCCACCUUUUACACGACACCAUUGUGAAAUGAACUUGUAAAGAUUCACUUAGAUGUUAAUACUAUAGUGAUUCUGGCUCUUGGAGCCGAUCGGAUGCCAUCAUUUGUGUGUUUAAAUUAUUUUCAUUAUUCUCAGUUACCUGGGCCUUCCUUUUGUUUUUUUUCAGUUUUUCGUUGUUGGUUUUCGUUCCCGCUGUUUUCUCCCCCCCUUAUGAAUUUCAUUUUAUCUCAUCAGUACGUCUGGAUUGCAAUGCAGCUCCUGUGCUCAUUCCGAAAUGCUCACACACGUUCUGCUCGGAUGAGAUUGUAGAACGCAAGGUGCCUCCUAAAACCGAGAGAAUUCACAAGUCGGUGUGUGCGUGUGGUUCGCCUUUCACACAACCUGUACAGUCUUCCUCCUAGAAACACUACGAUAGGUUCGGGGAAAACAGCUGCCUGCCGGCGAACGACUGGACUCGGCGCGGCAGGAGUCCUAUUGUAGUAGUCACCGAGGGUCCGGGCACAGACGUAGUCACCGUAGAGCGUAGUGCCAAAAAGGAUGAUUUUCAAACGUGGACCUAGUUUCAAACCCAAUAAAUGAAGCGUUUGUAACA